AAAAACCCGACACACACAGACCUCCCCCCGUGCCCCGCAAUGAGUUGCCGGCUGUCACUUGGAAACACUCGGCUGCAAACCAGCUCAACACUUGUGCUAAUUCUUUUACUCCUAUUCAUCCUGGGAACGUGAAUCUAAAUCCACAACCAGAGCAUGGGAACGGUGUCGAACGAUGAGGCAGAGAUGGCCACGGAAACACGAUCGCUUAUGUGCUUGAAUUGUCAAAGCCCAAUGAAAAUCGAUGUGAAAUUGAAAGGUCCCAGGGAUAGAAAGUCUUCAGAAGCUGAGAAUACGUCACUUAUGGCAGGACAGUCAUGCAACCUCAUGGAGCUCAUUUGUGAUGCUGAAGUUCCCUCACGGCGCCGAUAUGCAAGGAAUGUUCCGAUGAGCUGUUGGCAACUAAUCGAUAUGCUAAAAGAGCAGUACUCGAAUGCGGAUGUCGCGUCAUUGAAGAAAACUUUGAGGAACCUACAAGACGAAGAGCGUGCACUCAAGGCACAAUAUGACCAACUUUGCGCGGAAGAGUCUCGACUCGAUGCAGAACUAUUGGAAAAGAAGUCUCAGUUAGAAGAAAAGACGGAAGAGGAAGCAAGCAGAUGGCGCCAGUUCAGAGAUAAUCACAGGCGUCUCCUAGACAUUGACGAACAAACCCGUAAAGCGGAUGCUCAGUUGAGAUAUUAUGCAGAACAGCAUCGGCGACUAGCUAACACUAACGCACUGGACCUUGUCUUCCAUAUAUGGGUGGAUCCAACGGAUGGUAUUAUUGGCGAGAUAAACGGUUUUCGGCUUGGUCGAUUGCCAGACCAUCUUGUCGAUUGGCCGGAGAUAAACGCUGCAUGGGGACAGCUAGUUCUUCUUUUGGAUGCUUUGAUGCAUCGUAUCAAUUUCAAGCAGGAAAAUUUCAAACUAGUCACUAUGGGUAGCUAUUCCUGUAUAAAGCGAAAGCGUGCUACUGGUGAGGAGGUAAAAUAUCCCUUAUAUGCUUCCGGCAGCUGGAAACCAUUUGGCAAUAAUAAUAUGGAUAGCGGUAUCAUGGCAUAUCUGCAGUGCUUUGAGGAAAUACGAGCAGCGUUGCAGAAGCAAAACCCACGCUUCGAAAUCCCGCAUCGUAUCAACAAGGACUGUUUGGUGCAUGACAAAAUGGAAUAUUCGGCCAAGAUGCUGUUGAAUAGCGAAGAACGUUGGACGAAAGCAAUGAAAUUUUUACUUACGGAUUUGCGUGCUACAAUCAUGCAGGUUUCUGCUAUAAGACCAAGUAGUGUGCAAGUUUUUAUUGCCGGUAUUAGGCGUCGUGGUCGCGUUCGACGUAGUAGCAGUAGCAGUAGUUGCGAUUCGAGCUGCGGCGGCCGCCGCUCGGCCGCUAAUCGCGCCCGAUACGCCGCAGUUAUCGCUACGAGUCCGGCGAGAAAAGCGAAGAAUAAUGAGGAGAUUAUGUUUCCAUCGUUCUGGGUAUUCGCGUUUGCCUCAUCGCUUUUUCUUGCUCCUACUACGAUCACUAGGAAGUCAUUGAUCAACUACUUUGAAAAUCAAGAUAUUCCCUCGAUGAUGUAUGACGGAUUGAUGGAUAUGGACACAGGGAACUUUUUCAAGUUGCGACCUUUGGGAGUCAGGUGGAGAGACGAAGCCACCUUAGCACGAAUCGCCUACAACUACACUGAACGAGCCGAUUAUGGCGGCAGGGUGACAAUGAUGCCAGUGGUCACCGAACGACCACGUACACAUCUUGGUCGUGUCCCCGGACAACUCGUCCCAACCACUUCUACAGCUCCACCAGCACCCUCACAUGACGAUCCUUCCCUAGAAGAUAUCGAGCUUAUUGACGUACUUUGGCGAAGAGAUAUAGCAGCAGAAAAAGGCACCAGACAGUUGGAACCGGCUGAACAGUAUGAGCGUGAUUUACAGCUGCUAACGGAGAAGAGCGUGCAUGCGCCAUUGUCUGCCGAAGAAUCGUCACGAUUUGAAGAUCUUUCCAAAGUUUACUUUGAAGACUUCUACGCUGCGCCAUACGUACUGCGUCCAGGCACCAAAGGGACGACUCCACAGCCACCUUCACGAUCCGAUCAGGUGUUUGAAUUCGAAGACGACCCGAAUAAGCGCGAUUUGCGUACUCCGACAGACGAAGAUCUAGCUGAACUUCUCGCUGACGUCUCCAAAGAAGGUGGUCAACUUGAUCAGUUGACUUGCCUGGGAGUGUGCCCACCAGCUGAUUUGGAACCACUACCUCUAGUAAAUAACGUAAGCCUCUCAGACGGGAUUGUCUUUACACCCCAGAACGUAACUGAGAUGUCAAUGAUGCAAGAACAGCGACAAGCUGCCCUAGCAUCGGUAAUGGCUCCACCGGCACCAGCCACGCUUUAUAAUGAAACCACAAUGCCAAGCAUGUGGGUUCAACAAGCUGAAAUGACUCCCAGUGACAUCUACCCAAACAACGGUUACAUGACAUUCCAAAAUGACACUGGAACACAAGUAGUAUCCACUGGAAGCCAGUACGACCAUCAGUAUCUUGGUAAUGUGCCCACUGAACAGCGUGAAGAGAGUACUGCCACUAGAACAAUCCCCGUAUAUGAUCCAUACUAUUCGGCAAGGACGACGUCCUUCAGCAAUGAAUCCUCAUCAGUGUGCUCAUCCUCUUCCACAGCAGCUUCACCUCAUUAUCACAGCGAAAGCGAAAAUUAUAGUCCUCAUGCGAGCAGAUAUUAUGGCAAACUAGCACCACGAGAAAUUGAAGAGCCCUCAAUGUAUCCAAGAACCGUUUGCGGGUCUCAUGGCGAUAACAGCGUGUCGCCGCCGAACAUGCCGCGACGACGUGGACGUCAGUCAAAGGAUGAACAACUAGCAGCGGCCAACAGACUUCCGCUAUCUGCUCGUGAAAUCUCUGAGAUGACUUUGGGAGAACUGCACAAAGUGCUCAAGAAUGAGCAACUUACCGAGCAACAGAAACAGUUGAUUCGUAAGAUCCGCCGAAGGGGAAAGAACAAGGUAGCUGCACGCACAUGCCGCGAACGACGUGGGGAGCGUCAGCGAAAUAACCGUGAAACUGAAACGUGGACUGUUCCGACGCAUCCACCCCAGAAUCCCUUUGAUAUUCAUCUAUCCUGAAGAAACGAUGCUUCAGCAAUCUACAAAUUAAUGAAAUUCUACGUUAUAGCUUUUUCCAACAAUUUUCUUCCAACUUCACUGAAUCGUAUCGGUGACCUCCAAUUGUAAAAAUGUGAAAACUUGAAAAAUCCUCUCUUGAGUCCAGUCAACAAAAAUUGGUUAUUAUUUUCGCUCUACUCCACCUCUCUUUUGUAUUAAUUUUGUCGAUGUGUGUAAUCAAAUAGUAUUGUCCAUGAUAAUCAGUCAUAUUACCUCCUUAGACGCGUUGUUAUUUAUCUCUUUAGGAGUUUUCUCCGUUGUAUGGUAGCACUUAUUCCAGUGCGCAUUUUAUUUGAACUUUGAAGUCGCUAUCCAACUUGCAGUAGUUGUGAACCAUUCUCUUAGAAUCCAUGUGCGUACCUACCGUAAUGGGCAAUCACUGUGUUGAGUAGAGUAGUGAAGCGGGUAAUAAUAUAUACCAAAAAACUCAUAUACUCCAUUUUUUUCGUUGUUUCUAUAAAAGGAACUGCAGGUUUUGACUACGAAGUUCCUUUUUUUCUAUCCAUUAAGCAUGUUUGUUGUAUUUUACUGUUGUUAUUUAGACGUGUAUAUGUAUUAGUGAUAAAGUUAUUGUGUGCAAUAUAAU